AUGAAGUUCCUGCCAAAGCUGGAAAACAAGAUCCGACGGCUGAGGAAGAAGAUGACCAGGACAUCGAUGGUGCGGAAACUUGAUUUGGUUCACGAAAGUGCCCGCAAAAAAGCUUUUCAGGAAAGUUGCGAAACCUACAAAAACCAAAUUGAAACUGAAUGCGAAGUGCGGAAUAAAUUGCCCAAGCUAUCCCGUGGCGACAAGGAGGCGUUCCUCAGCGAUGGAAGCUUCCACCAGGCGGUGGGCCGAGUGCUCCUUGUGGCGGAGUUCUUUGCGAUGAUGCCCGUUAAAGGAGUGACCGGGAAACAUCCUUCCAAUCUGAGCUUCUCCUGGCGCAACAUUCGCACCUGCUUCUGUCUAGUUUUUAUCGCCUCGAGCUUGGCCAACUUUGGACUGUCCCUGUUUAAGGUUUUAAACAACCCGAUUAGUUUCAACAGCAUCAAGCCCAUCAUAUUCCGAGGAUCUGUUUUAUUGGUUUUGAUAGUGGCUCUUAAUUUGGCCCGUCAGUGGCCUCAGUUGAUGAUGUAUUGGCACACUGUGGAGAAGGAUUUGCCCCAGUAUAAAACGCAGUUGCGCAAAUGGAAUAUGGGCCACACCAUUUCGAUGGUUAUGUUGGUGGGAAUGAUGCUUUCAUUUGCGGAGCACAUUCUGAGCAUGGUUUCUGCUAUAAACUAUGCUUCCUUUUGUAACCGCACCGCUGAUCCCAUCCAGAAUUAUUUCCUGCGCACCAACGACGAGAUAUUCUUCGUGGCCAGUUACUCCACUGCUUUGGCUUUGUGGGGCAAGUUCCAAAAUGUAUAUUCAACGUUCAUUUGGAAUUACAUGGACAUGUUUGUUAUGAUUGUGAGCAUUGGAUUGGCUGCCAAGUUUCGCCAGCUCAACGAUGAUUUGCGGAAUUUUAAAGGAAUGAACAUGUCACCCACUUACUGGUCGGAGCGUCGCAUUCAAUACAGGAAUAUUUGCAUUUUGUGCGAUAAAAUGGACAAUGCCAUUUCCCUCAUAACAAUGGUGUCCUUCUCCAAUAAUUUGUACUUCAUUUGUGUGCAGUUGCUGAGGAGUUUAAACACAAUGCCUUCGGUGGCCCACGCCGUGUACUUUUAUUUCUCGCUCAUCUUUCUCAUUGGUCGCACUCUGGCGGUUUCACUGUACUCCGCCAGCGUCCAUGACGAGUCCCGGUUGACUUUGAGAUAUUUGCGCUGUGUGCCGAAGGAAUCCUGGUGCCCGGAGGUUAAGAGAUUUACGGAGGAGGUAAUCAGCGAUGAGGUGGCUCUGAGUGGAAUGAAGUUUUUUCACCUGACAAGGAAGCUGGUGUUAAGUGUUGCUGGCACCAUCGUCACCUAUGAACUCGUACUCAUUCAAUUUCACGAGGACAACGACCUGUGGGACUGCGACCAAAGUUAUUACUCCUAA